AUGAUCGAAUUAGGAUUGACUCGGGUCGCGAGCCUGCUUCAGCAGACUCCACUCACAUGGAAGGCCAUUCAUAUUGCUGGAACCAACGGCAAAGGAUCUAUCAGUGCCUACCUUUCCCAUUUACUGUCCGCCGGUGGUGUGCGUUGCGGCCGCUUCACUUCCCCGCAUUUAGUCGAUCGGUGGGACUGUAUCACAAUUGGAGAGAAAGUGGUUCAAGAAUCCCUUUUCCGACAGAUCGAAGACCAAGUCAAACUACGCGAUCAAACCCUAGGCAUCGGUGCCUCCGAAUUCGAGUUGUUGACCGCAACGGCGUUCGAGAUAUUCAACCAUGAACGAGUUGAAGUUGGUGUGGUCGAGGUGGGCAUGGGUGGGCGUCUAGAUGCAACAAAUAUCCUGAAUAACGUUCUUGUCUCGGUCAUUACAAAGAUAGGGAUGGACCACCAGGCUUUCCUUGGAUCAACGAUUGGGGAGAUUGCUCGUGAAAAAGCGGGCAUCCUCAAGCCCGGAGUCCCUUGUGUGGUAGACAAUACAAACAGUCAGGAAGUGGUUGAAACUGUGCGGGCUCAUAUCCAAGAGCUGGGUAUUGAUUCCUUGUUUGUCUCUCCAGCAACGGUCUCUGAACAAAUCCCGGCUCUUGCACCUUAUUUUCAAGACCUUGAUCUAGAGCCCCACCAACAAGAAAACAUAUGCUGUGCAGUGUCUGCGCUUCGCCUUGCCCUUUCUCAACUACGGCCCGACAUGGACGCAUUCUCAUUGCUUCCAUAUCUGGCCGAUGUAAGAUGGCCGGGCCGUUUACAAAACAUUGUCCUCCAACCGUUGAUUGGUCGCACAAAACCUAUCCUGCUUGAUGGUGCUCACAACGCACAAUCUGCUGAAGUUCUCGGAAAGUAUGUUGAUCGCAAAAUGCGUAUUCAAGGCCAACCAGUGACUUGGGUUGUUGCCGCGUCAAGUGGAAAGGAUCUGGCUGCGGUGUUUGGUUCGAUCAUCCGGCCCGGAGACCGGGUUGCCACUGCGGAGUUUGGACCCGUGGAUGGAAUGCCCUGGGUCCAACCAACCAAUGCCAAAGAUCUCGCCUGUUCCAUUCAAGCUAUCCAAAAUAUUGGACAAGUCCAGAGCUUUGAAGAUUUACUCACUGCCCUUCGGUGGGCUAGUGAGGAGGCUCAGGAUGGUCCUCUUGUCAUUGCUGGUAGCUUGUACCUUGUUUCCGAUGUGUUGCGCCUUCUCCGUGCCCAAAAAUGA